GUGAGUAUAAGAUUAUAAUAUUAUCCGUUUUUGUAGCCUGUUCAUAUAUUCCAUCUUGUACUGAGCAGGAUUAUAACCAGGUCUUGAUACUUGAGUGCUCACCAUGUCCAACAUCCUUCGGUUCGUGGCGGUGUUGGUGAUGACAGUGCUGGCGUUGUCUCAGGCUGCACGACACAAGGUGGGGAGGCUGAAGGGCAGGAGGCCAGAUGAAGUCGUCAUCACCGAACACGUCUACUUCGACAUGGUCAUCCACAACUACAAGGGGACUGAGAAUCUGGAGGGACGUUUCGUUGUCGCCUUAUUUGGGGAAAUAGCGCCCAUGACCGUGCUCAACUUUGUAUCUCUGGCUAAAGGCUACAGGCGAGGCAAACAAUUCUUGACGUACAACCAGACAAGGAUUCAUCGAAUUGUCCCGGACUUUGUCGUCCAGAUGGGAGACGUAGAACACAAGCAAGGACUUGGAGGAACCAGUAUCUAUGGUGACACAUUCCGUGACGAGGAUUUCGUCUUGAGCCACAGUUCUUCCGGAAUGGUUUCAAUGGCCAAUGCAGGGGAAGACACCAACAAGUCCCAGUUCUUCAUUACACUGCAGAAGGCGAGAUGGCUAGAUGGCCAUCACGUGGUGUUUGGCAAAAUCAUUGCAGGAAUGGACAUGGUUCUAAAGAUCGGCGAGAUUACUAGCUACAACACUGGUGACCCGAAGAAAGCCGUCAUGGUCGGCAACUGCGGAGUGGAGGGAAUCGGCUCUAAGUACGUGGUAACAUUGCAACAGUUGGACAAGGAUUCACAGAACUUCCGGAAGGAUGACUUCGCGCCGAUGCAUGAUGACGAAGACGACGACGAUGACAUACACUAAGCAACCAAAGUUACAACACCCAGCACCAUAUUUUCAACAAAUUGCCCCCGUUUGAGAUCAUUUCGUGACCUCUCGUGUCAUUACGGAGGUUACGGAAAGGGACGAACGGUGACGAGUGAAAUUCCUUCUCUAUUUGUCUCAUUCGUAACUACUCGUGUCAUUCCGGCGAAUGUAUUUGUCUCUACUCGCAUCUUUCCGUAACCUACAAGAAAGCCAUUCGGGUUGUUCCGGAAUGAGACGAGUUGUCAAGUAAAAGUACAAUUAUCGUAAUUCUGACACUUUGAAUGGUUUACAACAAUAGUACUGCUUGUGAAACACAUACGAGAAAGGCAACAGAGAUACAAUUCAGAAAUAUUCAUGUUUGGUUUGAAAGUAUCUGGCGCCGAGUGCCUGUGUUUAUAAUAAUAAUAAUAAUAUGUGUAUUUAUAAUGCGCUGAAUUCCACACCUAAGGCAUGCUCAAAACGCUACAUAUUUACAAAUUUUACAAAGCAAAGGUUAUGCUAGAACGAGGCUGAAAAUUUUUGGAAAGUUAAGUUAUAGAUCGUAAUAUUUUCUGAAAAGAUGGGUUUUGAGGGAACUUUUAAAUGAGUCAAUGGAGGGAGACAUUUUGAGUUCAGUUAUAGGCUUGUCCUGUUUCAUUCUGUGUUCUGCCAUUGUCCUGUGUGAAGGCGUGACCAGCAGUCGGCAUUAACGUAAACAGUUCUAAUGCCAGAUAGCUUUCACAGUCUGGCAUGUAUGUUUUUCCUAGGAGCAGCUACGCACUGCAAUAUGUAAUAGUUGUUUUUGAAUGAGUCAGAUAUGCAGCCGAAGCUUCACUUAGAGACGAGCUCAACUUUAGAACUGUAGUAUAGUGUCUGGUCAUUAGUGGAACGGUCAAUGUUCCUGAGAAUGCUGAACUAGCACUAACUUUUAUCUGCGUUAGUUUGUUUUAGAAUACGUCAUACAUGGAGUGAAUGUUUUGAUAAUAUGUACAUGUAUCCGAAUAAAAAAUAGUUUUGUAAAGAU